GAUGAUGAUGGUGAUGACAGUGCCGAUGAAGUUUGAUUGAGUACAGUUGUGCAUGAGAGGUCUUCUUCUCCCCCUUCCCCCUUUUUUUCUCUGCCCUUUUUCUCUCAAAGAUCUAGGGUUUUUUUCUUCCUUCUGAUCCAGCCCUCUUAGGAUCCUCCUCCUCUUCCUUCUUCUUCUAGGGGAGGCCGGAUGGAUCAAUAAUGGGCUCAAUGCGCGUUCCAAUUGUGGUAUAGGCUUGUGAUUGCCGCUCAGAAGGCAUGAGAGAUAAAACUUUGCAAUGCCAUCUGAAGCUAUGGGUGAUACAGAGAUACUGAGCUCUAAGCAGAGAGAAGAGAUGGCAAUAGGAGACAGAAGGCGGGCGCAACUUGUGCCACUUGCAUCUUUGAUCGGCAGGGAGUUGAGAAAUGAGAAGAUGGAGAAGCCUUGUGUAAAAUAUGGAUGUGCUGCACAAUCUAGGAAAGGGGAGGAUUACUUCUUGGUGAAGACCGACUGUCAACGAGUUCCAGGAAAUGCUUCUACAAACUUUUCGGUUUUUGCUAUCUUUGAUGGGCACAACGGGACUGCUGCAGCUAUAUUUACACGGGAAAACUUGUUGAAUCACAUUGUGGGUGCAAUACCUCGUGGGCUUGGGAGGGACGAGUGGCUUCAAGCUUUACCUCGUGCAUUGGUUGCAGGAUUUGUAAAGACGGACAAGGAAUUUCAGAGCAGAGGAGAGACUUCAGGAACUACCGUGACAUUUGUAAUAAUUGAUGGAUGGACGGUGACGGUCGCUUCAGUAGGAGAUUCACGUUGUAUCCUGGACUCUCAAGGUGGCUGCAUUUCGCUCCUCACUGUCGACCACAGGCUGGAGGAAAACGCAGAAGAGAGGGAAAGGGUAACUGCAAGUGGCGGUGAAGUGGGAAGGCUGAGUCUGUUUGGUGGCUCAGAGGUUGGUCCUCUUCGUUGUUGGCCUGGAGGUUUGUGCCUUUCAAGGUCGAUCGGUGACAUGGAUGUUGGAGAGUUUAUUGUUCCAAUUCCAUACGUUAAACAAGUAAAGCUAUCGAAUGCUGGUGGAAGGCUCAUAAUUGCUUCUGAUGGCAUUUGGGAUGCUUUAUCUUCUGAGAUGGCAGCAAAGGCUUGCCGUGGGUUGCCUGCUGAGCUGGCUGCAAGACAAGUUGUUAAGGAAGCUCUGCGAUCAAGGGGUCUUAAAGAUGACACAACCUGCAUUGUUGUGGACAUAAUCCCACCUGACCGUGCUGUUCCGCCCUCCUCUCCUCCAAAAAAGCAAAACAAACUGAAAUCUCUCAUCUUCAGAAAGAAAUCACGAGAUUCUGCAAAUAAAUUAUCACAGAAGCUAUCUGCUAUAGGUAUUGUGGAAGAGCUGUUUGAAGAAGGCUCUGCAAUGCUUGCAGAAAGGUUGGGAAAUGACUCGACAUCCCAGACAACUGCUGGGUUGUUCACUUGUGCUAUUUGUCAAGUUGAUCUUGCUCCUAGUGAGGGUAUAUCCGUCCAUGCCGGUUCCAUUUUCUCAAUGAGCUCAAAGCCAUGGGAAGGCCCUUUUCUUUGUGCUGACUGCCGAAUCAAGAAGGACGCGAUGGAGGGUAAACGGCCUAGUGGAGUCAAAGUAGUAUAGUCUUUCUCUCUCCCUCUCUCAUUUUUUUUUUCUCCAAAGGUAACCCAUUUUUCUGCACAGGCGAGUGUCUGAUUUCACUUGGCUGACGUGGCAACCCGUGUAUGUAAUAUUUUCCUUUUAAUAAUAUAAUGUCAGUGUGGAUGAAGAGAAACUAUGACAUUUUGGGUAUGAUUUAUUCCAUAUAUUCUUUGUAAUUUUGAGAUGAAAAAUAUAUAUGGAUAUCAUAAUUAAAAGAUACGUUGACUAA